AUGGAACAUCUCUUCUUCAAAUGCCCGUAUACUCAAGCACUUUGGAGAGGGGCAAAUCUACCAGACCGUACGUUUACUGAUAAUAGUAUCAGUUUUGAAGAGAAGUUAAAGGCUAUUGUAUCCUCGAUCAAUAAUAAGGUGCUUAACCCUAUAGAUAGGCAACAGCCUUUGUGGAUCCUCUGGCGCAUCUGUAAAAGCAGAAACCUUUUAGUUUAUGGACGGAAACAGACUGAUUGGAAAGUAGACCUCAAACAAGCUCAACAUGAAGCACGUGAAUGGACUCAGGUGUUGUAUUCAACUGAAAGCAACAGCAAUACAACCCAGAGGCUAAGUGGGAGACACAAACAAUCAAUGUGGGAGAGACCUCCUUGUGAUUAUGUGAAGAUUAAUUAUGAUGGGAGUAGGAGACAAAAUAUGUCAACAGGAGGGUGGAUAUUCAGAGAUGCUCAAGGAUUUUUCCUAGGAGGAGGCCAGGGUAAACAAUCAGUUAAUGGAGAUGGAAGUCUGGAGACAGAAUUACAAGCUCUUCUUAUGGCAAUGCAACAUACGUGGACAAAAGGUUACCGUAAAGUUAUUUUUGAAGGUGACAACAAACAGGUUCAGGAGCUACUAACAACGUCCAAGAGGAAUUUCCACAUGCAUAAUUGGAUUCUGGAAAUCAAAGGGUGGAAGUAG